UAAAGUAACUUCGUUGAUACACUCACUGAACUUCAUUCCAUCCCCCGUGCAUAACCUCAAACAAAGUAGUUGCCUUUGAGACUGCCUUAGCCAUGCCUGCAUCCCGGACUUCAUUAGCAGGCUUCCUGACGGCUGCCAGGGCUGUGUUGGUGAGCCCUCCUGCGCAGCGACCGAAACCCCUCACUUUUGUUGUUGGGAACGAGUCGGCGGAUCUCGACUCUAUCUGCUCCGCCAUCUUCGUCGCUUACUUCCGCAGCCACACACCCCCAUACGCCCUGCACAUCCCUCUUUCCAACCUUCCGCGCGCCGACCUCGCCCUCCGCCCGGAACUGAAUGCGGUCCUCCACCCAGCUCACCUCAGCCUAGACCAUCUCAUCACCCUAAGCGAUCUGCCCCGGGAAGAAGACCUCGGCGUGUCAGACACCCGCUGGCUCUUGGUAGAUCACAACGUCUGGACCGGCAGGCUCGCCGCCCGCUUCCCUUCUCCCGUCAUAGUCGGCUGCAUCGACCACCACGAAGACGAGGGCGUCGUCCCCACGGCCCUCCCCGCUGGGCAACCCCGCGUCUUUGCCAAAUGCGGCAGCUGCAUGAGCCUGGUGGUCGAGCAAUGCAAAGAGACCUGGGACCGGCUCAGCUGCGAGGGCGGGCCGACUUCGAAGAACCCGACGCAUUGCGACGCCGCGCUUGCACGCAUCGCGCUGGCGCCCAUCCUCGUUGACACGGCCAACCUCACGUCCAAGGACAAGACGACCGAGCGGGACGUCAGCGCCGUGCGGGUGGCGGAGUCUAAGCUGCUCUCCGCCUUGUCGGCGUCGUCAGCGGAAGGGGAGGGAGGAGGAGGGGGAGGAGGCGAGUACGAGCGCGGGAAGUUUUACGACGAGCUAGCGCGGCUGAAGGAGCAGAUUGCUGGCAUGCCGUAUCGCGAUGUCCUGCGGAAGGAUUACAAGCGGUGGCGCGAAGGAUCGUUGUCCCUCGGGGUGUCGAGCGUCGUGCAGGGAUUUGAGUAUGUGGUGCAGGAGGUGGGCGACAAGGACCAGGCAGCGUUCCUAGGCGCGCUGAGGGACUGGGCUGCGGAACAAGAGCUGGAUGUCGUGGCUGUUAUGACUGUUUCGAGGCCCGGCGGAGUAUUUACGCGGGAGUUGCUGGUCUGGGGGUUGAAUGAGGAGGGGGCAAAAGCGGCGAGGGAGUUUGACUUGAAAUAUGGCAGCACGCUCGGGUUGGAGUCGUGGAAGGGGGGUGAGCUGGAUGGAGGGAGCAUUCAGGGGACGAACUCGGAGGGAUUGAGAAUGUGCUGGACACAGAGAGCGAUUGAGAACAGUAGGAAACAGGUGGGACCAAUGUUGAGGGCUGCCAUGCGCGAGUCUUCGAGAUUGUAACUAGUUAAGUC